AUGCAAAAACCUCAUCGUCACAAUGCUGUUGCAUUAGACUUGGUAACCUAUGCACCCAAGGGAAAAUGCUAUACACUUAUUGGAGACGAGCUGAAUGAAGACGGUUCGAUUCGAUCUCCGACACGACUCGAUUGGGAAUCAGGUGGUUCAUUUGCAACUCCACUCGGUAUGUGGCAUUCGCAUCACAAUGAAUCGGAAGACGAAGAUGCUUGGAUUUUACCGGUGCAAGAUGCUGGUUUGGCUCUUCAUCAAGGAUUGUAUGAUAUUCGGUUUGCCGAGGAGGAAUGGAAACACGUGAAAGAUGAACAUGCAAUCAAAGGCAUUAUCUACUAA